AAAGAAUGAAGCUUUCUGGUUUUUAUGAUGGAGAUCAAACAGCAGUUGAGCCUCCAAAUCAAGAGAGUCUUGUGUCCUUUGAGGAGGUGGCUGUGUAUUUCUCUGAUGAGGAAUGGUCUCAGCUGGAUCCUGUCCAGAAAGUGCUGCACUCAGAAGUCAUGCUUGAAAACCAUAGGAACGUGGUCUCUCUGGGUAAUAAUGGGCAGGAGAAUCAAGAUUCCUGUGAACUGUUCCAAGUGAUCUGUGCUAAAGAUGGAACGGAGAAGCUUGGAAUUCAAAUGGAAUUUGAAAACCAUGAGAAAAACCAGUCAAUGAAUCUGGAAAGUUCAUCUUCCACUGAUGCUCCGAUGCAAGGCUUUCUUGCCCAAGAAGAGAAAAUAAGGAAAAAAUAUACUGGAAAAAGUGUGAAGCUAAUCAAAGCUGAAAUACAAGUAAAUGAACACCAUUUAACCCAAAACAAAGGAGAAGAUGCUAUAAGAAGACACAAUGGAAAAAAUUACAAUGGGACAUACAUUCUUUCUCUUGGAAAUAACUUUCUUACAUCUCAAAAAGUGAUUGACACAAAAGAGAAGCCUUAUAAAUGUUUGGAAUGUGGAAAAUGUUUUAGAACAAGCAGGCAACUUACUAUCCAUGAAAGGAUCCACACAGGGGAGAAGCCAUAUAAAUGCAUGGAGUGUGGAAAGACCUUUGCUCAAGGUGCUCAUCUUACUUCCCAUAAUAUGAUCCACACAGGGGAGAAGCCAUAUAAAUGCAUGGAGUGUGGAAAGACUUUUGCUUAUAGUAGUGACCUUAGUAGGCACAAAAAGAUCCACUCAGGAGAGAAACCAUAUAAAUGCAUGGAAUGUGGAAAGACCUUUGCUCUUAGCGGUACACUUAGUAGGCAUACAAGGAUCCACACAGGGGAGAAGCCUUUUAAAUGCAUAGAAUGUGGAAAGACCUUUGCUCGAAAAUGUAAUCUUAUUUCCCAUAAAAUAAUCCACACAGGGGUGAAACCGCAUAAAUUCAUGGAGCAUGGAAAGACCUUUGCUUAUAGUACUGGUACACUGCUGAGAAAUCACCUCAAUACUCACAGAGGUACUCGUCCUCACAAAUGCCCUGACUGCAACAUGGCCUUUGUGACAAGCGGAGAGUUGGUUCGACAUCGUCGCUACAAACAUACCCAUGAGAAGCCAUUCAAGUGUUCCAUGUGUGACUACGCCAGCAUGCAGAUUUGCAAGUUGAAACGCCACAUUCGUUCUCACACUGGGGAACGCCCAUUCCAAUGCAGCUUGUGCAGCUAUGCCAGCAGAGACACUUACAAGCUGAAGAGGCACAUGAGGACCCAUUCUGAUGAGAAGCCCUACGAGUGUUACAUUUGCCACGCUCGCUUCACCCAGAGUGAGACCAUGAAGAUGCACAUCCUGCAGAAGCACACGGAAAACGUGGCCAAGUUCCACUGCCCCCACUGUGACACAGUGAUUGCACGAAAGAGCGACUUAGGUGUCCAUUUGCGGAAGCUGCAUUCCUACAUUGACCAGGGUAAGAAGUGUCGUUACUGUGACGCCGUGUUCCAUGAGCGAUACACACUCAUCCAGCACCAGAAGUCUCACAAAAAUGAGAAGCGCUUCAAAUGCGACCAGUGCGACUAUUCGUGCCGACAGGAACGGCACAUGAUCAUGCACAAGUGAACCCACACUGGAGAAAAGCCUUGUGCCUGCAGCCAUUGUGACAAAACCUUCCAUCAGAAGCAGCUGCUUGACAUGCACUUCAAGCGCUACCACGAUCCCAACUUUGUCCCAGCUGCCUUCGCCUGCUCUAAGUGUGGCAAAAUGUUCACACACCGUAACACAAUGGUCAGACAUGUAGAUAAUUGUUUAGGACCUGAUGAGGUUGGAGGAGAGAACGGAGGGAAACCCAAGAAGGGAAAAUGUGGGCGGAAGAGAAAGAUGCGCUCCAAGAAAGAGGAUUGUUCUGACAGCAAGGAAAAUUCUGAAUCAGAAUUGAAUGAGAAUGAGGAGGAAGAAGAAACAGCGGUUGAAGUUGAAGCUGAGCCAGAAGUAGAACCUGUGGCCCCAACUCCUCACCAGUCAAGUAGUGGCCUUAGUGGCCACAAAAAUAUCUAG